CCCAUCCACCCGCCGCUGCGCCUCGGCGCCGACUACUGCAACGGCCAGGGCUGGCACUCCAUGCUCACGCAGGCCGCCGUGGACGGCCUGGGGCAGUUCUGGGACGUCUCCACCGCCUUCCCCGGCAGCAUGGAGAACAGCGCCGUGCUGGAGAGCUCCAGCCUGUGGGUGCUGGCCAAGGAGGGCCGGCUGUGCCCCAACCCGCCCAAACCCUUCAUGGGGAAGGCCCAGAAGUACGUGCUGCUGGGUGAUGCCACCUACCCCUUGCAGGACUGGAUCCUCAAGCCCUACCAGGAGGACGACAACCUCACGCAGCGGCAGCUGCAGUUCAAUUACCGCCUCAAGCGGGCGCACAGCGUGAUCGAGAACGCCUUCCUGCGCCUCAAGGCUCGCUGGCAGAUCCUGCUCAAGUGCGACGACUGCAGCCUGGAGCUGCUGCCCACCCUCGUGCUGGCCUGCUGCAUCCUGCACAACGUGUGCGAGGCUCACGACAACCCCUUCAACGAGGAGUGGCUGGGAGGGCACGGGGCCCAGCGAGCUGCCCAAGCCAUGCCAGCCCGCGCCCGCCGCCAUGGAGGACGGCCGGGCCGAGCAGGUGCGCGAGCUCAUGUGCCAGUAUUUCGAGACGUGCGGGGAGGGCUGAGCUCACCGCCGUGCACGCCGGUGAGCAGUGAUCCCGAGGACAAGGACCCCGAUGGACAGGGACCCCACAGCUAUUGCAGGGGUGGAUGGAGCAGCCUUGCCGGCUCGGAGGAGGCCGCCUGCGUCCUGCCCAUGCCAGUUUUGCCGCGGUGGUUCAAGGCAGGGGAAUGCUUCCGUGCCCUCUUCACGCUGCGCGGCCUGGGUGGCGCCGCCGCCGUGCGCUGGAUCAGCCGCGGCUUCGAUGACAGCUCUGCGCUGCUCAAGCACGAGCUCGCCUACUGCCUGGGCCAGAUGCGCGAGGCCGCCGCCAUCCCCGUGCUGCUGCGCGUGCUGCAGGACCCGCGCCAGGAGCCCAUGGUCAGGCACGAGGCGGGUGAAGCCUUGGGUGCUAUUGGGAAUCCGGAGGUGCUGGAUGUCCUGAAACGCUAUUCGGAAGACCCCGUGGUCGAGGUGGCCGAGACCUGCCAGCUGGCCGUGCGGAGGCUGCAGUGGCUGCAGGAGCACGGGGAGGAGGCGGGCGGGAGCCCCUACUCGGCCGUGGAUCCUGCUCCGCCCGCGGAGGAGACGGACGUGGCCCAGCUCCUCGAGGACCCCCUGGACGAGUCGCGCCCGCUCUUCGACCGCUACCGGGCCAUGUUCGCCCUGCGCAACGUGGGGGGCCGCGAGGCAGCGCUGGCGCUCGUUGAAGGGACCCGCUCUUCGCCGGCGGCCGGGGACGGGCUGCUCUACGUGGACUACAGACCGCCGGCGCUGGACAGCAUCCGCCUGCCCCGCUACGUCCUCUACCUGGUGAUGGCCGCUGCGCUCGUGCUCAUCGUCGCCUAUGCCAUCGUGGGCCACCUCAUCAAGGACCUGGUGCACGACUUUGCCGACUGGGCGUUCGGGCCCAAGCCCGAGGAGGAGAAGGCUGUGAUGGCCGACGACAGUGGCAGCGUCCUGGAGCUGGAGUGGCCUGAGGAGGAGGGCGCUGCAGUGGCGCACGAGGCCGAAGGCUCCGGGGCUCUGCCGGGCAUGGAGCCCCCCCCGGCGCUGCCGUGCGCCACCCCCCGCAGCUCCGUCUCCUUCGCCGGCUCCCACAAGAAGAGGCUCUUCUAG